UAACGUAUGCUAAUAUGAAAGCGAAUAGAGUCGUUGUCCAAUGAAAGUGGUAUAAUUAAAUACAUCUCUAAUCACCUAUAAUUUGUCAUGUUUUGAAGAACGCCCAAUUAUAAAAACAGCAUAAACCAGAGGCAGAUGACAGUAGCAAAAGCAAAGAGAAAGAAGAAGAAUGGCGGAUUGGGGCCCUGUUCUUGUGGCAGUGAUUCUGUUCAUUCUGCUAUCGCCGGGGCUUCUGUUCCAAGUCCACGGCGCCGACAAGUUCAUCCAAUUCGGCAACUUUGAGACCAGCGCUACCUCCAUUUUUCUUCAUUCCCUCAUCUUCUUUGCUCUCUUUUGCCUCUUCACUCUCGUCCUCCAUCUUCAUAUCUACGUCUGAUUCCAUCGUUCUCUCAUCCAUUCUUACUUGUAAUGGAUCUUUCAAUUCAUCAUUUUUAUUUUCGUUUCGCACCACUUUGUAUCGAUGUUGUAGUUAUUUAACUCUCCUUAUUUGACGUGAGAUUAUGUUUGUAUUCUUGCUUUUA